UUUUUAGUGAUGAUUCUAGAAACCCAGAAUAUCAAUCAAAACAUCCAGAACAAUCCAGAACACAGAAUCUCACUCUCACUCUUUCUCUCUCCUCUCGCCCUUAUGUUCUCCGCGUCCUUUGCAAGAAGCAACAACAAGCCAAUUCGGUAAUUCGCGACACUUUGGUGAAAAUUAGGCACAAAUCAUUAAUCAAUUUGUAAACUUUAAUUUCCCGAAGGGAUCCCAGAUAGAAGAAAGAAAGCUGAUAAAUAUGUUUGGGGUAGUAUUCCCAAAUCGAAGCUUCCCACUUGACAUCUCUACCUUUACCCAAAUUGACACAUUUCAUUGGGUUCUCGAUAUGAACCACUUUGUCGGUGAAGCAUAUGAUCAAGUCAAAGAUAUGUGUAUUUUCUUACUCAACAAUUUCACCCUUCCAGCAGACAAAGCCCUAGCAGUUUAUGUACAAUCACCCGGGUCACCCUUUGUGUACUGUGGUGCCGUCACAGUAGCUCGUCCAUCUGCUGUUCUCUCUCUCCUCUGGCCGGAGCCUGGAAGCGAAGGCCAAUUCCUUACAGCUGAUGCUUCCCCUCUUUCUGCUAAGAUUGGGGUGUCUGUUCAAGACGUGUCGUCGCUCCCGUCUCUUGAUAUCGCUGCAGAUAAGAAGAUUGAGCACACCGCCCUCAAAGUUGGGGAGAAUCUCUUUAAUUUCAUGCAGUCAUUUUGCGGCGUUGAUGGUAGUAAAUUGAUUGUGCCCAUGGAUAUCUUGGAUCGGUGGUUUAAGAAGUUCCAGGAGCGUGCUAAGCGUGAUCCUGAUUACUUGAAGGGUUUUACCUUGUAGCUGACUGAAAUUUUGAGAUUGGGGCUAUAAAGGACCCGACUCAAUACUGCAGCCUUGCAGGUGUUGUUCAGUACCUCUUUUUCACUCGGCCUAAUAUUGCUUAUGCGGUACGGUAGGUUUGUUUGUUUAUGUGAGAUCCAGGAGCCACAUCUUGGUGCAUUACAUCGUGUCCUGCGUUACAUUCAGGGAACUAUUGAUCAUGGGUUACAUUUAUAUCUGUCUACUGUGUACUAUGCGCUUGAUCACCUAUAUAGAUGCAGAUUGGGGGUUUCCUGACACUUGUCGAUCGACUUCAGGAUAUUGUUGUUUUUUGGGAGAUAAUCUUAUUUUUUGGUCGUCGAAACGUCAACCUACAUUGUCCAAUUCAAGUGCGGAAGCAGAAUAUCUAGGCGUCGCAAAUGCUUCUCUGAGGCUUGUUGGCUCUGUAAUCUCUUACUUGAGUUGCAUUGUCCUCUGCGUCAGGUUACCAUUAUUUAUUGUGAUAAUAUUAGUGCCAUUUACUUGUCUACGAACCCCGUUCAACACCAACGUACAAAACAUGUGAUGGAUAUACACUUUGUUCGUGAAAAAAUAGCUUUGGGACAGAUGCGUGUUCUUCAUGUACUAUCAUAGUAUCAGUUUGCAGAUAUUUCAUAAAAGCCCGUCUCGAGAACUAUUGUUGGAUUUUAGAUCCAGUCUUAGCGUACGACCUCUAUCCGCUACGACUGCGGGGUGUGCUAGAGAUAAAUUUCUUAGGAUAAUUAGACUUCUUGUCGCAUCAGAUUUCCUAAUAUAAUUAGGACUAAUAUUGUAACCUAAUAUAUAUAUUUGAUCAAUGAUAACACUCCGGAUUAUGGUAUUUCACAA